AUGGCGUCCUCAAACAAUCCGCGAAAAUUCAGCGAGAAAAUCGCCCUCCACAACCAGAAGCAGGCUGAGGAGACCGCGGCGUUUGAGGAGGUGAUGAAAGACCUGAGCAUCACGCGAGCUGCACGGCUGCAGUUACAGAAGACCCAGUAUUUGCAACUAGGCCAGAAUCGAGCUCAGUGCUAUGGAGGGUCACUGCCCAAUGUCAAUCAGAUUGGAAAUAGCAACACUGACCUCCCUUUUCAGACGACAGUUUUAGACACCAAUCGGACGUCCCGGCAUCAUGGCUUGGUGGACCGCGUCUAUCGUGACCGGAAUCGCAUCGCUUCUCCACAUCGUAGACCUCUCUCUGUGGACAAGCAUGGACGUCAGAUUGACAGCUGCCCUUAUGGCUCGGUAUAUCUGUCACCGCCUCCUGACACAAGUUGGAGGAGAACAAACUCUGACUCAGCUCUACACCAGAGCGCUGUGAAUCCAGCUCCACAGGACACUUUUGUUGGUGGAUCUCAGGAACUGCAGUCAAAAGGAGUAAAGACAUUGCUGUUGCUCACCCCUCCGGACACAGAGGACACUGAAUCAGAAAUGGAGAAAGAUGAUUCCAAGACGUCUCUGCUUACAGAUUCAUGUGAUGUUCCUGGCAUUAAUAUCUUUCCCUCUCCCGAUGAAGAAAUGAAUAGCUCUUUGAUGCCAGGUGCUCACAGCACAGGCGGUUCUUUACCUGAUCUGACGAACAUCCAGUUCCCUCCUCCCCUUCCGACCCCACUGGAUCCGGAUGACCCCAUUACCUUUCCUUCAUCCAGUUCCAGCAGUACCAGCAACCUGACCACCAACCUGACCCACCUGGGCAUUAGUGCUGCCAGUCACGUUCCUUCCUCCCCUCCAGCACAGCACACAGGCUCCGCCCCCUCACCCAGCCUCAGCCAACAGCAAACCACCCCCACACUAUCGCCUGCUGUCUCACCUCAGAUACCAAUUGCACAGCCGAUCACGAUGGACAGUCUGUUACUGGAGCAGCAGUUGUCUCAGUACUCGCUGCUGAGUUUACUAAACGACCUGCAGAAGCAGCCACACACCCUCCCUCAGAACAUUCGUCUCAUACGGCUCCCGCCCCUCACCGUAAGCUCCACACCCAGCACCACCCAGUCCUCUCUUGCCAGCCAAUCACCGACAACCACAGGUGGAACUGCCAACUCGUACCGCAGUCAGCCUGGCUCUUCAACCAAUCAGUCACCAACAUCUCCAGUGUCCAAUCAGGGCUUCUCACCUGGUGGUUCACCACAACAUAUUCAGGUGGUUGGCAGCAUCUUUGGAGAUUCGUUUUAUGAUCAGCAACUUCCCUCCAGGCAGACCAAUUCCCUGUCAAACCAGCUGGAGCAGUUCACCAUGAACAUGAUGGAGAAUCCAGGAAGCACUAGUCCUUGUUCAACACUCAACUACACACAGGCCGCCAUGAUGGGUUUAACUGGGAGCCACAGCAGUCAGCAGGACGCACAGCAACUGAGCUACAGUAGCCAUGGCAACAUCCCCAACAUCAUUCUCACAGUGACGGGGGAGUCUCCUCCCAGUCUCUCCAAAGACCUCACCAGCUCAUUGGCCAGCGUUGGUGACGUCAGCUUUGAUGCGGACUCGCAGUUCCCAUUGGACGAACUGAAGAUCGACCCCUUGACACUGGACGGACUGCACAUGCUAAACGACCCAGACAUGGUUCUCGCCGACCCGGCCACCGAGGACACUUUCCGCAUGGAUCGACUGUGAACCUUUGAAUGCAAUUUUAAGCGAGACAUUUCUGCUGCAUGGCCUCUCUGUUCACCAUCUGGUCAGCGGCCGUCCCCCGACCUUCCCAUCUAACAGCAUGCUGCCAAACUACUCAUGGCCUGGGGCUUGUGGUGGAAGGCAGCUAGGGUUUGGGGAUGGGAUGGGGUGGAGGUGGAAGUGCCGUAUCCACACUGGAUGGCUUCCAAUGCACAAUACCAUCCACCAUCCACUCUCUUUUUACGUUUAACUUUAGUUGUCUUCGUUGGUUGUCAACGUCCAUUUUGCGUUUGUCUCAGUCUGUCGUGUUGUGUUUAUACUAUUCAUUUUACGAAUCACGCUGUUGUUGUGUCUAUAUAUUUACGUUUCCUUCUGUAUUUUGUGUAACGUUAAAGUGAAUUGCCAAAUUUCAUAUAUGUUUGUUUGUUUACAUAAUUUCGACCUGUCUAUUUAUGUGUGUGAAAUCAACAUUUAUUUAUAUCGUGUAUUUAUAAUAUUCGAAUUAUUUUUUUAUAAUUAUAGCUCUAUAUAUUAUUUAAUCAUAUGUACGUAAGGAGCACUACUCCCCCAGAUUGUAUAUCAAGGGUUUUAAGGGAGCGUUGCUCGUUGUACGCUGGUAGGAAUACGUUUGCUUUUACAAAAUGGCUUCCAUUGCAUUUUCGAUUUGCUAGCGUUUUGUAACAUUCAAACAUCUCAAUGACGUCACGAUUGGUGUUAUCAUUUUUAAUUUUUAGCAUUUGCUAGUGAUUUUAUGAAAUUCCUGCAAAACGACAGCAGUCUCUCGAUUGAAUUCUACCAAGAUUUUGGUGUUUUUGUGGACUGUCAUGUGACUUUUCUAUAUGUUUUUGCGUAUGUUAUUUAUUCAUAUUGAAGAUUCCAUUGCUGUAAUGUAUACGCUUCAACAUUGGUCAGUAAACGUGACCCAAGAGCUGCUGCAGAAACCUGCUGAACACUACACUGUGAGAGGACCUGAUUUUGCCUUAUAUGAACAAAAUGCUGUUUUUAACUGUUGAUGUGUUUUUCUAAUUGUCUCCAAAGUGUUUUCCUCUCGAUCUUCUUGAUUUAACGAUGCCAUUUUGUUUAGUAUUGAAUGCUGUAAAGUUUGUACUUGUACUGCCAAACAUAACCCGAGGUUCUGUUGUGAUGAUGAUGAUGUCAUUCAUCUAGCUUGGGGAGAGUAAUGCUCCUUAUUCUGUGCUGUUUAAUGGGAGUUUGUGUUUGUCGUUCCCGUUUGUAUGUUCAAACCCUGUUGCUCUCGGUUAUGUAAUUUUUUUUUUGGAAUCAAGGAAUCACUCAUACACAAUUCAAUGACAGUUACGAUCACUAUACUCUCAGAAGUAAAGGUGUAAACCUGUCAUUGAGGUGGUACCUUUAUUAAAAGGUUCACAUUUGUAGCUAAAGGUACAUAUUAAUACUUAAAAGUACUCUAAACAUAUUUAACAUCUAAUAUUUAUUAAGUUAAUCAAAGUGGACACUUUUGCCUUUGCUUUUGAGAGUGUAUAUACAGUGAAGUCCAAAAUUAUGAGUUGACACUGUAUUUAAAUUGUCCCUGGAUAUUUUACAGCAUAUAAGUAUCUUUACAAGUAUGUAUCAACUUAUUCUGCUUACCCUAACCAAGCAUUCUACUAUUCAGGGUUCCCAUGGGUCAAGGAGCUUCUGAAUUAUUAUAAAAUAUCUAUUCUCAGAUAUUAAAACCAAGAGUUAGAUUUUUUUUUAAUCCAAGUUAUGAAAUAUCAAAGAUUUUGUUUGUCAUUUUAAAU